ACAUUGUGACGUUCCCACAGCGUGACGUCGGAAGCACGUGUAUCAACUGUGGAGCAGCAACCUCUAUGUGAUAUCAAGGAGAGUACGUUAGGGGUGGUCUGAACCGAGACUGGUUUAAACCUUUCUCCAUUCAUUACGCAUUUUUCAUCGGAAUAACUGUAACCAAGCACGUCACCUGCAGUCCUUCAUGAUUCACUCCACUGACCCUUCACUUACCCUUCACUGAUAAUCCAGGGGUCACAUCACUCUGUGUGCUCCUCCCCAUACAUCACGGCAUUAUGGGGGACGUAGUCCUAAUGCACUUCAGCACAGUGGAUUAUGUGAUUUUCGUCGUGCUGCUAGUAGCCUCAGCAGGAAUCGGCCUUUACUAUGCCUUCUCAGGGGGUUGUCAGAGGACCACACAGGAGUUCCUGCUGGCCGACCGCAGCAUGCGCUGCCUUCCGGUGUCCCUUUCGCUGUUGGCCACCUUUCAAUCAGCAGUGGCCAUCCUGGGUGCCCCAUCUGAGAUUUACACACAUGGCACGCAGUACUGGUUCCUGGGUUGCUCCUAUUUCCUGGGCCUGCUCAUCCCUGCGCACAUUUUCAUACCUGUUUUCUAUCGGCUCCACCUCAGCAGCACAUAUCAGUACUUGGAGCUUCGUUUUAGUAAAAGUGUUCGGAUAUGUGGCACUGUGACCUUCAUCUUUCAGAUGGUGAUCUAUAUGGGAGUUGUUCUGUAUGCUCCAGCACUUGCACUUAAUGCAGUAACCGGGUUUGACCUUUGGGGGGCUGUGCUGGCCAUGGGAUUGGUGUGCACAUUUUAUACAGCUUUGGGUGGUCUGAAAGCGGUGAUCUGGACAGAUGUGUUCCAAACGAUCGUGAUGUUUGCGGGGCAGCUGGCAGUGAUUAUAGUGGGUACCCAUCAGGCAGGUGGCAUCGCUGAAGUAUGGAAGAAAGCACAAAACGGCAGCCGUAUCUCAGGCCUUGACCUGAACCCUGACCCUUUAGAGAGGCACACAUUCUGGACUCUGGGAGUCGGGGGGGUUUUCCUCAUGCUAGCCCUGUAUGGAGUGAAUCAGGCUCAGGUCCAGAGAUACCUUUGCUCCCGCACAGAAAAAGAGGCCAUCAUGUCCUGUUAUGCAGUGUUCCCAUGCCAGCAGAUUGUGCUCUCAAUGGGCUGUUUAAUGGGUUUGGUUAUGUAUGCCCGAUAUGGGGAGGAGAGCCCACUGGAUAAGGGCUACGUCAAAAGUAAUGACCAGAUGGUGCUGUACUUUGUAAUGGAUGUGUUGCAAGAUCUUCCUGGUUUGCCAGGACUUUUUGUUGCCUGCCUGUUCAGUGGAGCUCUUAGCACUAUCUCAUCUGCUUUCAACUCCCUGGCAACAGUUACCAUGGAGGACCUGAUCAAACCUCACGUGUCACCCAUGACAGAGGCCCGUGCCACCUUGUUAUCGAAAAUGUUGGCACUUGGCUAUGGUCUUGUGUGUCUGGCUAUGGCGUACAUCGCCUCUUUAAUGGGUUCUGUUCUGCAGGCAGCACUCAGUAUAUUUGGGAUGGUGGGGGGACCUCUUCUUGGUCUUUUCUGUCUCGGGAUGUUUUUCCCUUGGGCCAAUUCCACUGGUGCUCUUGUUGGGCUGUUAUCGGGGCUGGUCAUGGCUUUCUGGAUUGGUAUCGGAAGCUUUCUUUCACGAAUGUCUGCAUCUGCACCACCUUUGAUGAAUGCCACCAUCAUACCUGAUGUAGGAAACAUGACAACAGCUAUCAUGACGACGCUCAUCACAUCUAAACCCAGGCCUUCUGGAGUUCAGGCUCUGUACUCAUUAUCAUACAUGUGGUACAGUGCUCAUAAUUCUGCCACAGUUGUGGUGGUUGGACUACUGGUCAGCUUUCUCACAGGGCCUUCGAAGGAGAAAGAUUUAAACCCAGGCACGAUUUACCCUGUGCUUGGCAAUUUGCUGUUCUUUCUGCCCCAGAACUACAGGGAGAAACUCUGCUGUGUUACCCCACUGGAUGACAAGUCUAAAGUCAUGGACCAACAGCCUUACCAGAUGGCCCAGAAAGAGAGCAAUGGCAUUGCUGGCACUAAAGAGGAAGACAAGCUCAGGGAAGAGGAAGUAGAACAGAAAUCCGCCCAGCCUACUUGCAACCUGGCCCAUACGUUGCAGGAAACAGCCUUGUGAAAUGUCCCAUACAGCGACAGUCUUAAAUGGUCUUAGUUUCCUACAGGACGUCGGUUUUGAUGCCAAAACAGCGUGCAAAUUCACAAUCUCACUGUUUUCCCCUCUUGAAUUUGGUAAGAAUCUUAAGUGCAUAAGUUGUGGUUUUUAUUGUGGGCCCUUUGCAAUAUUAGUACGCUGUGCCCUCAACUGCCAGUGAUCUCGUUUAUAUGUGGUACUUUUUGAUGUCAGUGGUCUGUCAUAAAAAUUAGAUUACAUUUAGAUCUUGAGAUGUAUUGAGCGAUACAAGUGAUCACCUAAACCUAGUUUACAUGUCCUAAACUGAAUGUCAAGAAUACUUGGUUGAAUAUUGCUGGUUCUUGAUAUACAUACACACACAAAUCCAAAAAAUCAUGCUGAACGUCAGGUUUAUGGAUUGUUUAUCAGCAGAAAGAACUACAUUUGCACAAAUCUAUAGUCGUUUAAUGUCAGUGCCAUUCGAAUUUUGGGGUUUUUCUCUCCCAAAGAUUUAGUUUCGUCCAAAGUUCACUACAUUUGCCUGUCCAUUC